AUGGCCUUGGGGGACUCGUUCAGGGCAUGGCAGCCGCGGUCUAAGCCGCUGCUGUCUUUUGGGGUCCGGGGCCAGUGGCUCUCCUCCGUGCGGUUCUCCAGGGCUGGGGCCGAUGGUGAAGACUCCAUCAGCACCUUGGGCCUGAUCCUCGGUGUGGGGCUGUCACUGCUGCUCGUGUCCAUCCUUGGCUACAGCCUGGCCAAGUGGUACCAGCAAGGCUACUGCUGGGAGGGGCCAAAUUUUGUCUUCAACUUGUACCAAAUCCGGAACCUGAAGGAUCUGGAGGCAGGACCACCGUUCACCAUCAGCGGCCACAUCGGUGGUCCAGACGGCGGCUACAUGAGGUUCUCCAAUGGGCCAGUCUGA